GCAAGAUAUUAUUUAUUCCCUACUCUCUUCCGACUACCUAUAUGUUGCCUUGAUGGCACAUCUUCUUUUUCUCCCUUCCUCCUGUAUCUACCUUCGUCUUGAAUAUCGUCUCCUAUAACAUAAACUAUAUAUUUGUUUUCACAGAGCGGCUGUUUGCCCCGCGCAAGUCGCGUCUUCUAUUCUCCCAAUUCUCGACACCGAAUAUACCUAUAUUCGCGAUGACUUCAGGCAAGCAGAAGCUACAGCUCGGGGAGUCUUGGGUUGUAGAAGGAGAUGACGAUAGUCUCAGCAAUUCUCCCAAAGACGAGGACUAUGUGCCACAAACAACAACGCCACCCCGCAGAUCAACAAGAGGGGCAAAUCGGUCUCCCGAGCCAGAGUUGGUAAUGCCUUCGCUGGACGUCGAAUCUAUUGAUGGUUCAUGGGCAGAUACGACCAGCAGAAGCACACGCCUACGGGGCCCUAGAUCCGCCGAUCGAGAAGGACGCAGACGGAAUGUGCGCAUGAGCAACGGCAGUCCAGAAAAACGAUCGAGGACAAAGGCUAUCCCUAGCGACUCACCAACUCCUGUACCUCUUCCGAAACCCCACAAGAAAUCCAGCGACGCUCAAGACGUUUUGGAAGUUGCUGCACAACAUUUCGGCGUCAUGAUAUCAUGGCUAUUAGAUAUCGUUGCUGGCGCUUUCAAAGUACUGAAACGACCUCUGUCAUACUUUCUCGCAGUAUGGCUUCUGUUUGGCCUACUUGUUAUUGCGCGCAAUCUCAUUACGACAUCAGUAUAUGCGUCUUUAUCGCCGGUGUGUCGAAUUCCUGGCGCAAGUUUCUUAAACCUGCCUUUCUGCCCCAUUCAUCGAGUCGACACCAGAAAUGGCGACCCGCCCACAGCUCAAUUCGACGACUUGAUGAACGUGCAAGCCAAGUUCGAAGAAGUUCUUGAAGAAAGCGCCGGUGGAGUAUCUCUUCCUCUGGAUAUGAAGCGUGGCGAGGCAUCCAUUCGAGAUUUACGUCAGCUAGUUAGAUAUAGUCAUUUACAUUCUAGGAACGAGCUUGUUCUCGAGUUUGAUGGCUUCAUUGAGACCGCCCGCAUUGCUUCGUACGACCUCCAAAAGUUCAACAGUCAUGUGGGUCGGGCAGUUGAUAGUGUCAUUUCGACAACUCGCUGGACUACCAGAGUUCUGGACGGCAUUCAAGAACGUGACGCCACAAGGGGAACGAUCAAUGCGUUCAUUAACGACAAAGUGCUCGCACCAUUUCAACCUGUCAAGUUUACUGAAAGCAUACUGUUGGAUCAGUACAUUCAGCACACCCGAAUUGUAGAAGAGGAAAUCAAUAAAUUGAUUACCGAAGCCCAAGCACUUCUGAUGGUACUUACAAAUCUCGAGGACCGUCUAGAUAUUAUUCAUGGUAUUGCUACACGGGACGAUAUGCACACGAAAGCAAUCAAAGAGGAGAUUCUAGCUGAAUUGUGGACCAUGGUUGGUGGUAAUCGCGGCAAGCUAAACAAGAUGGACAAGCAAUUGAACCUGCUUCACCAGGUUGGUGUUUAUAGGAAGACUGCUUACGCACAUGUUUCUGGAACGAUUAUUCGACUUCAAGCUAUGGGUGCAGGACUGGAAGACUUACGAGAAAGAGUUGGGUCACCUGAACUAUUACGUGAUAGACUCGACAUUCCCUUAUCAGUCCAUAUCGAGAAUAUCCAGAAAGGCGUCGAGCGACUAGAAGAGAGUCGACAGAAUGCACGCAAAUUGGAGGAUGCGCACAUCAGACAGACUUUGGAGCGUGGGCGACUGGAAGGCAGUAUGAUUGAUGGAUGAUGGUGUCAAUCGAGGAAACUUAGUCCAUUUUAGUGUGGGUAAGGGAAGUUGAUGGCAGAUGGGCUAGGAGUUUGGCGUUUAGUGCUGGAUUUCUUUUUGGUGGAUACAUGAUACCCAGCGUUGUGGCAUAUUUUGCAGUUCCCCCGCAUCCACGUCUUUCUCAUCCCUGCUUCACUCGUUUCAGCACGCUCGUUGACUGUGAUUCACUCGAU